UGGAUAUUGAAUACUAUAAAUGCAUAGUCGACUCGACAACGGCGCCAACAUAUCCUACCUGCACAUGCUUACCAGGGACACUAUUAUAGAUAAAUGAACUGCCAGGCGUCGUGAAAAGAGUCAAUUUUAUAAGAAACACACAAGGACUGGAACAGAUCAUGCGAUGUUUUAGGUACUCCGACGAAAACGGAUGCCUGCACCAGGAGGUCACCUGAUUUGGCGUAAAGUGACACGCGCUCGGAAGCACGUUGUCGCGACGACAUGGUUCUCCACUUCCACGCACCAAGUUUGCUCCCAGGCACAAACGGCAACACCAACCGCGUCGUUUCGUUUCGAUUGGACUAAAUAUGCCAUGGACAGCAACAAUAACUCUCGCCAGCCAUCAAAUUCAAGUCGCCUGGGCUCCAAUCAGGAUUUCUCGGGCGUUUCCAUUCCCCAAGACAAAGGCCCGACGGCUCAUGAAAUGGCAGCCCUGGAGAGGGCUCGUCUGCAGGUGGCAAACCUCGGCGACGGAAUGGCGCUCUGCUUUGACGACGAGGUAAUCUGCGAAGGAUCAGACGCAGAGGACGGUCCCCUGGCAAAGGCGGAGCGGCAGAAACGGCGCGAGGCUAUCGAAUUACGAUACAUUGCUGGGCAUGCUCCCCUGAUAAUGUCAGCGCAGCUUAGAGGACCAUUCGACAAGAAUAGCGGAUGGGUAAACCCGUGGCGAUCGAAACGGCCAACCCAAAAGCAGCCAACGAAUAGAACGACAGUUACGGAGCCCCUGAAUCUCGCUCAUAAAACCACCUCAGUCGUCGGUUUGGGAAAGCGCCGCAGGAAUGACAGCAACUCAUCCAGCUCCGUUGGUACGCGAACCAAAGCAUUGGCCGAAUGCUCCAGUACGUCAAUGGAUAUAGUCAUUAAUCGCCAGCCAGGGCGGCCCCAACUAUAUUCUGGAUUCAAGCGGUUUGCCGCAAAUCAGCUUGAGAGGCCCACGGAUUUUGCGAGCCUGGACGAGCGGGAAAAUAUAUUGCAAAAGCGAGGCGCUGGCAUAAAGAGGAGGGCCGAUACAAACUGGUUAAAAGGGGCCGAUGUUGGGAAACGCUCUCGCAACAACUGGCCAGAUCUCACGUCGCCAACGCCGAAGGAGAGGACACGAGAUAUCAUCAGCAAUGACAAUGCUAUAAUAGAUGCGUCUAGUAUGUCUAUGUCUGAUGUGAACAUCGCGAAAUUUAAUCGGCAACUAUCUGCUGAAACGGCGAGCCUGUCUGAAUUUGAAGAUAUCCCAAUUUCGACAGCGGAUUCUAUACACUCAAAACGCACCGCGAUUCAGAGGCGUGGCGAUGGCAAUGUCCAGCCUACUCCCAAUGUUACUGCCAAAAAAUCUGAAGAUACGCAGCGUGAAAUAUCGAUGGGACCAGAUUCUGCGUCUAGAGUGUAUGUGGAAUCGGCAUCUAGUGCGCGAAGUGUGGAUGGAGAUGGGUCAGAUUCGGCCAUGGAAAUCGGCCGCACAGCUCCCGACUAUUCUUUGGACAGGAGUUCAUUCGUGGAGCCUGAGUCAUCUCUUGGACACAAAUCAGUACAGUCAUGUGCUUCAGUGCUAUCAUUUGAGCCUUCGCCCGUUCAUACUAUUUCGCGAAGCCAACUGAGUCAGGAAAUACUCCAUGGCCUCUCACAGGCUUCACAGCUAGCUCGUUCAGCUGAGAAACUGACACCCCUAAAGCCACGCGACUCUGCAUUGAAUAUUGUCGAACGUCAUCCAUCGGACCUGGCGAAGCGGAAUGGUCUAUCACUCUCGAGUAGGAAGACACCUUCGCAACUUGCCCCAGCAUCAUUAAACCAUACAUCACAAGCAAGAAGUCAAUCGCAUCCCCUCCCAAAAAGCCCCGUGGAGGUGAAAAUGCUCAAACCUAAAAUAAAUGACCCAUCACGAAGCUUCGAUUCUCCGUUGCCACCAGGCAGUUUGAAGUAUCGCAGAGUCAAGCGCAAAGCGCCAACCCCGAUCGAGUGCAGCCAGGGUGGUGAUACAAGUAAUGUUAUUGGGAAGCAGAAGACACCAGAGGCAGCUCCUCUUCAACCAAUAGAGGUUCGAGAUGACGCACACAAAAAAGACGUUGUGUCUCCUGCUAGCCAAGCUCUGAAUUAUGUCGAUCUAGCGAAGGACCAGUUUUCAACUUCUGACUCUGGGCAGCAGCCGCCUGGCUCCGUGCCGAUUAUUGAGAUAACCGACAACGACGCAGAUGAGAAUUCAGAAACGAAACCAUUGGGUAGAGAUAUUGACGAUCAGGCGCCCACGCAUACCUCUGUUCCUCCAAUCUCGCCAGCUAUUAAGGAUGGGGCCAAUAGAUUGGAAGCCGGGGAUGAGAGUUGUCCUAAGCCAAUAAUUGAUGGUCGCGGAAGCGAAAGCAGCUUUGAUGCACCUGCUAUGCGAGGUCAAGAAAGCGGAGAAAGUGAGGGCCUCUUAGCCAUCCAACCGGCCCCUGGGACUCAGCCGCCGCCUCCCAUCGAAACCGCAGCAGAGACACUCAGCGGAGAUGUCGAACACAGAAAAGAACCGACCUUUGAAGAUGUUACAUUAUCACAGGACCCAGGCUCUCCACUAGCAUCUCCUGAGCUUACAGACAACGAGUCCACGCUCGUGCAAAUAUUACAACAUGGAUCCCAAGGGCCUAAUUCGAAAUCUUCGCCAUUACCGCCAUUGCCUGAUAUUGUCGACGACGACCAAUUGUCAGAGGCAAGCUUUAUGUCUGCCACCGAUGAGUCUAGUUCGAAAUCCCUACCCGCACCUGCUGGUGUUGAAGAUGACCAAGUUUCAGAGGCAAGCUUUACGUUUGCUCCAGAAGAGGUCGACUCCCUUCCUGCACCGCAAAGUCCUUGGGCAGCUGAGGAGGAUGUACCUGCACCCCAAUCCCUUUUGAUCGAGCCCACCGUCGGUACCGGAAAUUUCUCAAUGAGCCAAAGUAAAGACGCUGCUGUACUGCUUACACGUACCGAAUCACACUACUCCGCCGCCGGUUCAUCCGUCCACAAUGUCGAAUUAUCCGUCCGCAAUCCCGAAUCGGCCGACUACAACUCCGAACCACCCCAAUCCAACGAAGUUGUUGACAGCGGCCCUGCAUCUCUGAGGUUGAUACCGACAGGUUCUGCUCCGCCAUCCCCGGAUCAUCUCUCGGGCAAGUCGCACACUCCACAAUCGGCCAGUGUCGGAAACCAAGAUCUGCUCCCCCUAUCCAACCCCUGGGCGAACAACACACAGAGUCCAAUAAUACAUCCAAGUCCCAUAAAACGUAAGAAGCGCGUCUCUUUCAACCCUCAGCCACUCGACAGCGACAAUGAAGAUAAACAACCCAACCAGCCAAACAACAACGCGCCCGAGUCACGGGACCUCUCCUGUCCGCCUCCACCACCGGAAGCUGAGUCACUUACAGAGGGAGAUAAUUCGUUUCACCGGAAGCUCAAGUGGACGAGUGGGAUACUAUCUAGACGCGCAUCGAAUGACCAGCUUAGCGUGCCCAGAGAGGAUACUGUUCCAGGUAGUCCCGGCGUUGGUGCUAUGGCCGAAGCAUUUUUGGCUGCUGAUGCAAGGGUUCAAUCUACGGAUAGCAAUUCCGGAGAAGUGCGUGAUAAGAAUGAAUUUGCUGGGUCUGAGAGUUUCGACCUAGUCGAGGACGGAGAACAGCAGGACAAAGUCGUCGCAGCUUCCGCUGUGCGAGCUAUUCCGCUUAUGACGGAGAGCCAGCUGGUUAACCCCUGGGGCGAUGAGGAUGAGGCACCCCUGUUUUGUAUGGCAGACUGUAGGCCUGAAGAGGAUGAUGGGCUAGUGGAGGAUGUGCUAAGUGAUAUGGAUGCGAUGCUGGGUGACUGGAAUGUAGAUGCAGAGUUGGAUCGUGCGAAGAGGGAAGGGAGAGGGAAGACGGGAAGAGAUGAGACUGCCAGGGAGAGGCUAGUGGAGGCGGGCUAUUAGUGUAUAAUUGGAAGGCUGAGGUCUUGAUGCCGAGCUAUUGGAAAGCUCAGGUGUGACGGUACAAAUAGAGUUGAGAGGUUAUAAUGGUUGGGGCUGGUUUCUUUAGUGUCGCUGGCUAGCUGCCUUGUAUAGAAUAUCACACGCUUGAACAACUACC